UGUUUGGUUGAUUGAUAUGGACCCAAGAGAAUUUAUUGUGUGGACCUCCUUGACUUAAAGUUUUAAAUUUAUUUAGGUUUUUAACUAGGAAAAAAAUAUUUAAUAUACCUGCGUACCUACUUAUGUUCACUAUCAAUUAAUUUCGAAACAUUUAGUUAAAUUUGUACAGGUGUACGAUCAUAAAGAUGAUCGAACUCUCAGCUAAACUGACUACGGGUACAGUGUACCUGGCAGGGGAAGCUCUUGAAUGUUGUAUUACUUUCUGCCACACCACGCAGCCAGAACAUAGAAAUUCACAAAGUCACAGUGAUAUUCUUGAGAGUUUAGCAUGGGUUUCCGCACAGAUCCAUUGCUUUUACUCCACAUCAGGUAGCUCAGGGGAUAAAACUCCAACCAUUGGGAAAACAACUGCUUUAGAAGUGACAUCUUGUGAUAUUGGAGAUGUUGUGUUUCACACAAAGCCUAAGAUCCUUUUCUGUGACUUGACAAUCCCUCUCGGAGAAACCAAAACCUUUUGGUACAGAGAAUCCCUACCUAUUGAAGCCCCACCAUCCUACAGAGGGACAACAGUAAAAUAUUCAUACAAAAUAACCAUUGCCACACAGAAAGUGGGAUCUCACAUCAAAAUGGUGAGAAUACCAUUCAGAGUCCUGCCCAUCAGCCCUAUAAUAAAUAUGCAGGAUCUUGCUGCGCUGUGUGGUAAUGAAACUACUGAGGAGUUGCAACCAACUAAUCCAUUUUCAGAAGAAAGGAAAGUCGAAACUGCUUUGACUAUGGCUUUGCAAGUUUUACAGAAUCUCACAGCAAGGAGAAGCCCAAACUCUUACAUGAUCACCAACACUAGAGGAAAAGUUGGACGCUUUUGCUUGUUCAAAUCUGCUUACAAAUUGGGAGAAGAUAUUGUGGGUACCUUUGAUUUUUCUGUUGGGACUGUCACAUGUAUGCAGGUGUCAGUAUCUUUACAACCAGAAGAGGUGGUAAAAUCAAAGAGCCCAUCUAGAAAUGUCAACAAAGAAACUAGUAGUAGAACUAUGACUGUGGCCAGGUAUCAUGAGGUCACCCUUGGCCUGACUCACUCCCAGCUAAUAUUGCCAAUACCACUACACAUUACUCCAGCCUUUGAAGUGGAUGAUGUGUCUCUAAGGUGGAGACUCCACUUUGAAUUUGUUACAACCAAUGAAAAGCUGCUGCCAAACCCUGAAGACAAUGAUUGGAAAGCACCACUGAGUGUGCCCAUUGAGACAAUGGUCUGGAAUCUCCCUGUCAAAAUCUACUCAACACUACCAAAGCAAAUUCAACCUCAUUCUGUUGGGAAUGAUGCAUACACCAUGUAUAUUAAGUAAUCACUAAAUCAGUUAUAACAGUUUUUUCUGUGCCUAGAUGGAACUAUUGUUUUCAUCCCACCCAAUGUACAAAGGUACUAUAAACUAAGUAUAUGACCAUGUUAAUGUUCAUUGAACAUUAAAAUAUUUCAACAUUUUAAAUUUAUUAUUAUCCAUCAUCAUAGUGUAUGGUAAGCCUUGGUUCAACCAGUCAUAUGUGUCAGAUGUCCACCAGGAAAGUGUCUUAUGAGGCACUUGUUUGGAGUGUGAAUGAUAUUCCAUGAUAGGUUAAAAGUGAUUUCAUGUGCAAGUAUAUUUUGUAUCAUUCCAUGUAAAUAAUAUAGAAGAUUUUAUAUGUACAAUAUUUAUUAAAAUUACUAAAAUAAA